AUGCAUUAUCUUACGCAAUUAUACAGACAUGCAGCCAUUUUCAAGAUUUCGAAGCCCGGAACACUCUCAAAGAGAGGUGCAAUGAUUUCUGUAAGAUACGUCCAUGCAAAGAAAGAAGCAAAGGCAGAAUCAGAACAAAACGACAAAAAUACUCUCAAAAAUUACCCCGAUCAAGAAGAAUUUGAUGCUCUUGAAGAAGAGGACUUCCAAUAUGAAUACGAGGAAGAGCAAGAGGAUUCUUCAGCCGAAAAUCAUUUGUAA